UUCUACUGACUCUUAGGUUGCUUACAUUUGUUAUUUGGUAAAACCCAGGUUUUCUGAGGCUUUUACCUGGCCAUUUUAUCAAUGGUCACUGGAUCAUUGUCACCGCCAGUACAUCUCACAGUUGCUUUCUCAACACUUGACCAAAAUAGUGUUCUAGUUUGUGUAAGUGAAACGUUUUCCAAUUGGACUACAACAAGUUUAAUCUUGUUUUAUUUUUAUAAAAGCUUCCUAUUCACUAAGGUUUCUGGAUAUUAUGAAAGUAUUAAUUCAGCGCUUAGGAAAGUAUGCGGAACCAAGGUGCAUCCGCCUGUAAAGCCAAACUGAGGACAACAAAAUCCCACUUUUAAGAAAGACCGUAUCCAUGCUCUAUAAUGAAGGUUUAAGCAAUAGCUAACGACGGUACCUGUCUUGUCUGUGUAAAUUGGAGUAAACGCGUUUUUUAAUUGUUAGUCGCAUAAACACACAUCUUAGUGUAAAUAUUCAGUUUAAGGUGAACACUGUUUUUUUCUGGCACCUUACAUUUUGUGUCCAUAUUUGGACGACAUGCGGUGAUACUUGUGUCCUCCAGCUGUAGCAACUAUGUUGCCUUUACCCAGCAGCUUGAUCAGGUCUGCUGUCCGGCUGCUGCGGCCACAGAGGAACACAGGGUGUGUCUGGUGCUGGCACAAAAACAUUUCUUUGAAACCAGGAGGUUUGAAACCAAAGACAGUUCCACCUCGUUACCUGGGUCAGCCCAGCCCUUUUACACAUCCACACCUCCUUAAACAUGGUGAGGUGACCCCAGGUUUGAGCCAGGCAGAGUAUGAACUACGCAGACAGCGUCUGGCCUCUCUCAUCGAGGCACAGGCGGAGAGACUGGCACCAUCCUCUUCCUCCAUCAACCAUGUGGUCAUUAUUUUAUCUCAUCCCACUCGUUACAUGACCAAUGACAUCCCUUACCCUUUUCACCAGAACCAGGAUUUUCUUUAUCUUAGUGGCUUCCUGGAGCCGGACAGUGCCUUGGUUCUUUAUGGGAAUGGACGACCAGAUCAGUCCAUUUUGUUUGUACCUCGGAGAGACCCAGGGAGGGAACUGUGGGAUGGACCUCGGUCAGGGAAGGAUGGAGCAGCUGCUCUGACUGGCAUAGAGAGAGUUCAUAGCACGGAAGAACUGGGGAUCGUGCUCAAGGCCCUUAAAGGCACUCAGCUCUGGUACGAUCACUCUCAGCCUGUCAACCCUCAACUCCACCAGACUUGUGUCAGUCCUCUGAUGGAGGCGGGACCUCUUCCCCACUCUCCAAGGCCCCUCAUACACUCUCUUCGGGCCCUCAAAAGCUCAGCAGAAGUGGCUCUCAUGCAAGAAGCGGGUCGCAUCACAGCACAAGCUUUUAGGAGGACCAUGGCUCUGUCUCAAGGAGAGGUGGAUGAAGCUGUGCUCUAUGCCAAGUUUGAUUUUGAGAGUCGGAUCCAUGGCGCCAACUUCCUGGCUUAUCCACCUGUGGUUGCUGGAGGAAACCGAGCCAAUACUUUACAUUACAUAAACAACAAUCAAAUCAUAAGGGAUGGUGAACUGGUGCUACUUGAUGGUGGCUGUGAAUACUUUGGCUAUGUCAGUGAUAUCACACGAACAUGGCCAGUAAAUGGAAAAUUCAGCCCUGCCCAGGCUGAGCUGUAUGAGGCAGUCCUGGAGGUUCAGCGCUGCUGUUUGUCUUUGUGUUCCCCGGGUGUCAGUCUGGAUCAUAUUUACAGUACAAUGCUCUCUCUGCUGGGACGGCAACUCAAGAGGCUGGGGAUUGUCGAUGCUGGCACCAGUGAUGCCGAUGUACUAAAGGCCGCUCGACGCUACUGCCCCCACCAUGUUGGACAUUACCUGGGUAUGGAUGUCCAUGACACUCCUGAACUGUCCCGCUCACAGCCUUUACAGCCAGGGAUGGUCAUUACCAUAGAGCCAGGAUUGUACAUCGGCAAGGACAAUGAACAGGUGCCAGAACGUUUCUGUGGACUGGGCGUCAGAAUUGAGGAUGAUGUGGUGAUCAGAGACAAGGGAGGACCGCUCAUUCUGUCCUCCGAGGCACCAAAGACCAUUGCUGAUGUAGAAAAGGCCUGUGCCCGGAGAUAGAACAGAGAGCGAGGAAAGACCAAGUCAGCCUUAGUGUCAGGAGGUGGGAGUGUGCUGUGGAUUUUGACCUUCUGCAUUUGAUCAAGCUCAGGGUCCAGAUACAUGAAAGGUGUGAGUGCAACUCCCGUUUGAGCUCAUCACUGUCUUGCAAAUCUGUGAUGUGAUCUUAAAAUGUAAUUUUACAAUGGUGUUGAACGGAAUACUUUAAAUGUCCUCCUCUCAAACAACUACACACAAGACAAGCAAAACAAAAACAUGCCUUAUUUACCUGAUUACAUGUAUGUUCAGUAUUGUGAUGGUGCUAUUGUAAGGUCUCUACUUUUGGGGAUUUUAAAAACCAACAAUUACCCAACAUUUCCACCUUAAUGUGAUAAAGAAACAGUUACCUAAUAUGCUACUUACAAUUCACUUGUCAGUAAAUGUCUUAUACACCAACAUGCAGCAGAUGGUUCAAAAAUCAGGCCCGCAAGAUUAGGAAGGUCCAACAUCUCCACAUUUGGACACCUAGAUUUUACAAAAGGAACACGCUGACAUCAGCAGCUUCUACUACAUCAGUGUGUUAGAAUAAAUGCUAUUUCUGUGGAUGAAUGUGUGGACUAGGGAACCUCUUAAAGAAGAUGUGAAAAUUGUAUUUAAAUUGUAUGUAUUAAUAUAUUUUUCUUGAAAAUCUAAUCUAUUUAGUUUGUCCUACUCUGGUUCCUCUUGACUGACACGUUUAAAUAAAUACAAUUUUUUUUAUGAGUGGCUGCAUUGAGUGAGGCAGCAAAACGCUGACUGUGACACAAAUAACAUAGAAUUGAUGACAAAACUACUGGGCCUCUAAGGUAAUUUUAGUCCUUUUAGAUUAUUUCCCAUGUGCUUUCAUUCAGACAAAAAAAAGAUCCCCGUAGUUAAGGGCUUGAUAAGGGAACUGCUUAGAAGGAAUGGGCUGGAAUGCCAGAGGAAAACUGUUAAAAGAAAAAUGUAUUCACUGAAAAGUAAUACAUCCGAAGAUGGAGUUAAAAAUGUAUAAGUUUAAUUGUGCAAGAUGGAGCAGGUACAGAGCAACAGACGGUACGAAUGUUACAGAGAGGUUCUCAGCUGGUCUCAGUCUGGAGUCCUCCUUUAUCCUCUUUUCAGCUGCCGGCCUCCUCCAAACUGUGCUCCUUGUUGUCGAGUGGCCUCUGUUGUUUUAAAUCUUGGGUGAGAGGAGUCUUCACGUCAGAUAACAAUGACCUUGGGGUCGCGUACUCUUUAAAGUUCAACUUUGUACCAUCCAUCCCUUUCUCUCACAGAAUCAUGUGAAAAAACAAACAGGGUAGUUUAUCUGAAUAUGAUAUAAUAUGUAGACAAUAUCACUUUUUUAUAACAAAAAACAAAUCUUGAACUAAUGUUUAUGUUGUUAGCAUCACAUUUGUUUCACCUCAUCGUAUGGUCAAAUUCGCAGUCUGCUCAGCGCUCAUCGGGUAUAACCUUUGGUUACUGUGGUUUCUUCAAGAGCAAAAAGUGGUCACUCCUCUCAUAUUUUCAGUUAAAAUGAUCCUCUAAUGUAGAAGUUGGUAUCAGUCAAAUCCAUUUUUGUUUCAUCCCAUCAUAAAUUAUUGAAGAGGCAUAGCACACAAGCCUCUCUAAGGCUAUACCACAAACAAGUCUGGUGUCAGAGGGUAGUAAUGAUGAUUGAUGAUAAUCCCACUAUCUGCAACUUUUCUGGGUUUUGAUUUGGUCAAUCUCUUUUAAACUAUUUUUAUGAAAGACAUCCAAAAAGGUUAUUUUCCCCUGUAAACAUAAACUUUAUAUACAGUAUCUCCCAGGGGAAAAUGUUUUACACAACGGGCAGUCAAUGUGAAACUGAUGGAGUUUUUUUGUACCCAUCUCUAAAUUCAUUACGUGCUUGACCACUUAUUUAUUUGUGUGGAUUCAGAUAUCAGCUGGUACAUUCAUGACUUGUUUUGCAAAUAUUGCUACUUCCUGUUGUUAACUUUUCAUUUCCUGAAGCCUCUCAAGAAAUGCAGGGGGGUUUAUAAACUAAUCCCCAUAACUUUAUAUCACCUGUGUUUUAAUAUUUUUCCAAGUAGAAGUAGACACUGGGACGUAAGGAUUUUUAGCCUUUAAAAAAAUACUUGCACACAUUAUUUUUUUCACAGUUAUACAAGUUAUAGUUUGAAAAGUGUGUAAAAGUAAAGGUUGUAACUUAGUUAUUAGUGCUACUGUAGUCGGUAAACGUAGGGCAUCACUGGCCCCUAGAGAUAAAAGAAGGCAGUUGCUGUCAGAGAGUAGAACCGAACCGAGACGAACCUGGGUUCCGAUCAAUCCCGAACACCUACGAAGACGAGCUCCCCUCUCCUUCCGUCCUCUGCCUCCCUCCCCUUCACGCCUAAUGUUGCUGUACCUCCAACCCUCCCCCCGUAUCAGAGAAGUAGAAACAACAAGCCGCCAUUUUGUUUGUGCGGACAGACCGUCAGAAACAGGAGGAGAUAACCCAGAGAAGGAGCGACUCCGGCGACCGAAGUCAGCCGCUCCGGGAACCGCCGGUGGGGGAAGAGAGCGGACAAACCUGCCCGUGUUAUCCAAGAGAGCGAAAGCAUCAACGAAAAGAUAAGACGGGAGUGAAGGGAAGAGGCGACUGGGUGAUACAUAUAUUUAUAUAUAUAUAUCCAUACACAUAUGCAUGCAUGAGAAGGAAAUACUCCGAAAAAUCCAAGGAAGGGGGUGUUUUGCGGAGCGGAGACGGAGAGGGGAGGCGGAAGAGAGCGAUACGUAAAAGCAAGGAGAACCCAGCGAAAAAGGGAGAAAACACCAAUAUGAAAUAUCAUUAUGUGUCCGUGUCGGAGGAAGGAAAGAGUCCGCAUAGACAAUUAUAUAAAUAAAUUGCUGCCGGGCAGAAGGGAGAGGUGGAAAGACAGACGGCUUUAAAGAGAAGGUGGAAAUUGCCUGGAUCAACGCAAAGGGGGGGCAACCUCCAUCACAAAGAGUCAAUGAGAGGAUUUUGACUGCUCAAAAAUAUUUCAUGAGGGUGACAACAUCAUUGUGCCGACCUGGAGCUUUGCGCUUCCGAAAAAGCCAUCAUUGCUGAGUGACCCGCCGUCACAUUUCAUCACAUUUUCGCAUGAGCUCCUGUUUUUUUUGUUCGGAGCUUUCGCUUUCUAUUAGCGUGCAUGGUCAAGACGUCCAACAGCAGCCAGAGACUGACAAGUACAUAAAUGUUUAGAGGUAUAUAGACAUGUAGACAUUACUGUUUGCAUUAUCUAAUAUUUUAGGACUGACAAGGAACCUGUCCAGAAGAACAAAUACCGUCCUCUGCAAAAUAAAAGUAACUGAAUCA